UUCUACUUUCUCCUCUCGAUCUCCGUUAAAAGAAAGAAUGGCCAGAGAAGAAUUCGCCAAUGGUGAAGUACACGUCUUCUGGGAUGUGAAUGAUUUCCCAGUCCCUGAGAAUCGCAGUAUACGUGAAAUUAUUGACUCUCUUCUUAGGAGAUACGGUUAUAAAGGUGAGGUGACAAUCACGGCUUAUGGUGAGAAGGAUCCUGAAGACAAUCCUCUCGAGAGUGGAAUCACCUUCGUAGAGAAAAGGAAUAAAUUUAGGAGGCUUGAUAGGAUAUUAGUAGACUUUGCUUUGGCCGCAGCGGACAAUCACGAGCCCCAUCGUGUACCAUUAACUUUGAUGGUAGUCGCAAAAAACGUCAAGGAAAAUAAUGAGUUCCACGGUCUUCUUCAAAGUGUGAAUGCUGCAAAUUUCAAUGUCUUGUUGGUUUUGCCUGAUGUGUACGACCCAAAAGAAGUGGCACUUCCUGAUGUUAACUUUGCUUGGCGUUGGACUAGCCUAGUAGAUGGAGGAGAUCCUAUUCCCAAACCCGAUUUUUUCUCCCUAUUAGAUGAAGGAGGAAGACGACGACGGUUUGUUCGACGAUGCAUCGGCGAGGGGUUGGGCUAGUCUACUAGCUAGCUGUGGCGACGCACGGCUCGAUCUACAAUCAUGUUUUAUCAAACUUUUGAUUUCAAAAGGGCUCUGGCUGGUUUUUGUGUAUGAAAAUUUCGUGUAAUCUGUUU